CAUCGCUAAGCAGAGAUUGUGUGGAAAAUGUGCGAAAGAACGAUAGCAGAGUACGAGGAGGAACUUUCUCGAAGAACAGAAGAGAACGGGGAUCAGCGACUGCACGCUGUUUUCAAGAAGCCUCAAGUUGUGUUACACAGAGCAGAUGUCAGCGUAGAAGAUCUUCCCCCUGAGGAGCAGGAGUGGAUCUCCAUCGUGCAGCAAAGGGAGCCACAGCCCCCCCACAUUAAAGAAGAAGAGGAGGAGCCACAGCCCCUACACAUUAAAAAGGAAGACGGGGAUCACAGCAUCACUCAGGAGGGAGAGCAUCUUGAAGGACAGGAGGAGUUCCCAGUGAUUGGUGUCCCUGUGAAGAGUGAAGAUGAUGAAGACAAAGGUGAAAGUGAGGAGAAGAGAGAGGUGGAGCCUCCAAGCAGCAGCUCAAUUCAACACAUGACAACAGAAGCUGAUGGAGACCACUGUGGAGGAUCACAAGCAGACAACGUCUUAGCUCCACUAUCAGAUGAUGAAGACUCAAAUAUGACAUGUCACACUGACAACACAAACGUUAAAUGCUCUCACUGUGGCAAAACCUUUAAUGAUCGCAGUAAUAUGAAAAGACACACAAGAUUACACAUAGGAGAGAAACCAUUCAAUUGCUCAGUUUGUGGUAAAAGAUUUUCUCGGAAGCUAAAUUUGACAGAACAUACUAGAAUACACACCGGAGAGAAACCUUUUUCCUGUUCAGUCUGCGGUAAAAGAUUUUCUCGGAAGCUAAAUUUGACAGAACAUACUCGAAUACACACUGGAGAGAACCCUUUUGUCUGUUCAAUCUGUGGGAAAAGAUUCUCUGCAAAGGCAAAUUUGACAGUACACACAAAAAUACACACUGGAGAGAAACCUUUCACCUGUUCAGUGUGUGGUAUAGGUUUUGUACAAAAUCAAAAGUUGAAAAUACACAUGAGAAGACACACUGGAGAAAAACCAUAUUCCUGUUCAAUCUGUGGUAUAGGUUUUGCACGCAAAGGUGAUUUGAAAAUACACAUGAGAACACACACUGGAGAAAAACCACAUUCCUGUUCAGUGUGCGGUGUAGCCUUUGCACGAAAUGGUAAUUUGAAAAUACACAUGAGAACACACACUGGAGAAAAACCAUAUUCCUGUUCAAUCUGUGGUGUAGGUUUUGCACGAAAAGGUGAAUUGAAAAUGCACAUACGAGCACACAGUGGAGAAAAACCAUAUUCCUGUUCAGUGUGUGGUAAAGGUUUUGUACAAAAUCAAAAUUUGAAACUACACCUUAGAAGACACACUGGAGAAAAACCAUAUUCCUGUUCAGUGUGUGGUAAAGGUUUUACACGAAAAGGUAAUUUGAAAAUACACAUCAGAACACAUACUGGAGAAAAACCAUAUUCCUGUUCAAUGUGUGGUAUAGGUUUUGCACGAAAAGGUGAUUUGAUAAUACACAUGAGGAGACACACCGGUGAGAAAGUGUUUAGUUGCAGUGUGUGUGGUGAAAGAUUCUCUUAUAAGUAUCAGCUUAACAGUCACAAGUGUGCUGGUGAGAACAGCAGCAGUAAAUGAAACUGCACGACUUGAAAUAAACUCUCAAGACUUUGAUAAUGGAAACAUUCAAAAAAAUGAACGCCUAACAUGCAUUGAUAAAAACUCAAGGACUUGACAAAUAAAUCAGAAAUCCUAAAUUUAUUCAAUUAAAUCCGUGUUCAUCAAGUUGUUUAUAUGAGAAAUUGUAUUUCAACUCAAAAACAUGACUUGAAAAUGGGCAGUUUUUGCCCCCUCCAUUGCCUUCCUCAAGUGCCUGAUAUGUUUUCAGACCAGUGACUGAGGCUGGGGUCUACAGCGCCCUUAAGCAGUUGGAAACAGAUAAAUCUGCGGGUCCAGACAAUCUUGAUCCUUUUUUUCUUAAAUUGUCAAACGGUUUUUAUUCUAACUGAGCCUUUGACAUAUGUUUUUAAGCGUAGUCUUUCAAACAAUGUUAUCCCCGCUUUAUGUAAAUCUACUUUUCUAUCUGCUACCCUUACUGAAAGGAGGGAACUCUGCUGAUCUUAGUAACUACAGGCCGAUAUCAAAGUUAUGUAUCCUGGUAAGACUCUGAGAAAAUUAUAUCUGAACAAAUGUAUGGGGUUCAUGACGUUUGAUCAAAAAAACUAUCUGGUUUCUGAAAACUACACAGUACAAUAACUGCUGCAGUUCAAGUAGUAAAUGACGUCACUGAGUCUAUUGCUUGUAAAAAGUCCAGUGCUUUUUAUUGACUUGUGUGAGGCCUUGGACACCGCCGAUCAUGCCACCUUGUUCAAUUGGGCUUCUGUUGGCUUCUUUUCUAACUGCCUGUCAGGUAAAAGUCAGUGUGUACACUGUGUGUGGUCUGUGUUCUUUCCUUUCAGUAACUAAAGGAGCACCCCAGGGUUCUGGCCCAGGUCUGUUGCUGUUUUCCAUUUAUGUGAAUAAUCUUUGUCAAAAUGUGUGGGAUGGCUUUUUACACUUCUAUGCGAAUGACACAGGCAUCUAUUGUUCCUCUCUUUCAAUUGAGGAAGCGCUUGACUUGUUUGCAGUUUGCAGUCACAUCUGAAUCAGCUAAGGCUAGUGCUAAAUGCAGACAAAUCCAAAGUUAUGGUCUUCUCAAAUGGAAAACGGCUACCCUCUCAGCUCCCUAAAAUGAAAACAGCUGAAGGCAAAGAAAUCCAAAUGGUUUCAACC